AUGUCUCUCUGGGCAGACAUCGCGACGAUCCAAGUUGCUCUCGAUGUCGCGAACUCUCCCCGCGACGGUGGUGAGCUGAAAGCUGUGCGCCCGCCGCCAAGCCCGAAAAAAGUCUGCUCAACCUCAGACAACUCGCCCCAGCUCCUGUCCUCCUCCUAUCCAACUACAACCUCCAUCCUUCUUGAUCCCACCUCAACGCUCAGACCAGCCCGCUCUGUGGCCGUAUACCACCCAAUAUCCAGUUUUCCUGUUUCCACCUUCUGGCCGUUCAAGUUGGCGGGGCUCAACUACACCAACUUCUCCUUCAUCCACCCUCUCCUGGGCCCGAAAUUCCGGGUCUUCUCUGGGGGCGACACUCGGCCUCCAUAA